CUGAUGAUGAGAGGAGAGUCGGUAAGUGGCAUUUCUCAGAGGGAACAUGCACACUGAUCAUAAGGGCACUGAUCAGUGUAGCCCCAUCAGUGCCACCUGUCAGUGCCCAUAAUUGCCACCUGUCAGUGCCCAUUAAUGCCACAUACUAGUGUCCAUCAGUGCACAUCAAUGCCACAUAUCAGUGCCUACCAGUGCAUAUCAAUGCCACAUAUCAGUGCCCAUCAGAGCUGCCUUUCAGUGCCAACUAUCAGUGCCAGUCAGUGCUGUAUAUCAGUGCCAGUCAGUUCCGCCUCUUAGUGAUGCCUAUCAGUGCCCAUCAGUG